AUUAAAUUUUGUCACUCUAUUUAGUUUAGUCUCCAUUCUAAGCACUGCAGAUCGAUGACAAAAUCUUUUAGAGUUUUUCAUUUUUUUUGUUUUUGUGUGAAGUGAAUAUGUCAAAGAUUAUGGCGAUGUAUAGUUAGCAUUAAAUUGAAUGUAAUUAUAAUUGCAUAUUAUAAGUGCAAACAUCGAUGAAACAUUAUGAAUUAUUAAUAACUAGCUGGUCAUAGUUGGAAUCACAACAUGGCAUCUCGCAGAUGGUUCCAUCCGAAUAUAUCGGGUUUAGAAGCAGAACGUCUAUUAAUGGAACGGGGUUAUGAUAGUUCAUUUUUGGCACGUCCAAGUUCAUCUAAUCCUGGUGACUUUACAUUAUCUGUUAGACGUAAUGGUGAAGUGACACAUAUUAAAAUACAAAAUACAGGAGACUUUUAUGAUCUUUAUGGUGGUGAAAAAUUUGCAACAUUAUCAGAACUUGUACAAUUUUAUAUGGAAAAUGGAGGACAAUUACGUGAAAAGAAUGGAGAAAUUAUUGAAUUAAAAUAUCCUCUAAAUUGUGCUGAUCCAACAACUGAAAGGUGGUUCCAUGGCCAUUUAUCAGCUAAAGAAGCAGAACGUUUAAUGUUGGAGCGAGGUAAAAAUGGAUCUUUUCUGGUUCGUGAAUCCCAGAGUAAACCUGGUGACUUUGUAUUAUCUGUUCGUACAGAUGAUCGUGUUACACAUGUUAUAAUACGAUCUCAGGAUAAUAAAUAUGAUGUUGGAGGGGGUGAUAAAUUUGAUAGUUUAAGUGAUCUGAUAGAACAUUACAAACGUAAUCCAAUGGUUGAAACAAGUGGAAGUGUUGUUCAUUUACGACAACCUUUUAAUGCUACUCGAAUAAAUGCCAGUGGUAUUGAAAGUAGAGUAAGACAAUUACAUAAAGAAAAUGGUUGUUCAAAUGGAUGGUUGUGGAAUGGAGCUACAGGUAGUAAUGAAUGUGGUGCAGGACGUGGUAAAGGAAAAGCUGGAUUCUGGGAAGAAUUUGAAUCAUUGCAACAAUUGGAAUGUCGUCAUCUGUUUUCUAGGAAAGAAGGUUUACGUCCCGAAAAUCGAGCAAAAAAUCGAUAUAAAAAUAUUUUACCAUUUGAUCAUACAAGAGUGCGUUUAAAGGAUGUUGAUCCAAAUAUUCCUGGAUCUGAUUAUAUUAAUGCUAAUUAUAUUAAGAAUGAAGAAGGUGAUGGACAAAGUACUGGAAUUAAUAGUUCUAGUGAUGGAAGUUCAUUUAAUAAAUGUUAUAUUGCAACUCAAGGUUGCCUUCCAAAUACAAUUCAAGACUUUUGGCAUAUGGUAUAUCAAGAAAAUACACGAGUAAUAGUUAUGACUACUAAAGAAAUGGAAAGAGGAAAAAAUAAAUGUGCUCGAUAUUGGCCAGAAGAAGGUGAAGUUACAGAAUACGGAGGUGAAUGGAAAGUUCGGGCUUUGUCCCGUACUUCAACAGCAGAUUAUACAUUGCGAGAAUUUUUAUUACAUGGAAAUAGACUAGGUUUUGCAGAUUCCAGACGGAUUUAUCAUUAUCAUUUUCAAGCAUGGCCUGAUCAUGGUGUUCCAUCUGAUCCCGGAUGUGUAUUAAAUUUUCUUCACGAUGUUAAUGCAAGACAAGAAUCAAUUGCUGCUUCUCUUGCUUCAAGUGGUCAAGUUGUAACAAAUAUAGGGCCAAUUCUUGUACACUGUAGUGCUGGAAUUGGUAGAACUGGAACAUUUAUUGUUAUUGAUAUGAUUCUUGACCAAAUUAAGCGUCAUGGAUUGGAUUGUGAAAUUGAUAUUCAGAGAACAAUUCAAAGAGUACGUUCACAAAGAUCAGGGAUGGUUCAAACAGAAGCACAAUAUAAGUUUGUUUAUUUGGCUGUAUUACAUUAUAUUGAAACUGUAUCUCAACGAAUGCAAGCAGAACAAAAAUCUCUUCAUUUAGGUCGAGAAUAUACUAAUAUUCGUUAUAAAAGUGAAACAAAUACUACGACUAUGGGUGAAAUUUCGAUCCCUACAUGUACUACAACUCUUUCAACAUCAGCACAUUUUACAUUAUCUAACUCUAUCAAUAAUUUGAGGCCAAAGUAAUUAACAUUAUUAAUGCAUCAAAUAAUGUCAAAAGCAAAGAAGAGGCUUUGUUACUCUUACCAUAUGUGGUUUUGAGCUUUCGAUAUUAUCGUAUUUUGUAAAAAUUAAAUUUUUUAAUUAAUUGGUUAUUUGAAAUAUUUUUCAAAAUAUGUGUUAUCAUAACGAAUUCAAUAUACAGUGUAUGUAUUUAUUAUAUACAUACAUAUAUGAAUAUAAAUAAUGUGUAGAAAUUAUAAUAUUAUCACUUUACAUUUAAAUUGUUGAUGAAAUGUAAUGAGAAGCAUGUCAAAAUAUUAUAGAAAAAUAUUUGUUCUAUUUUACAAUUUAAUAGCAGUACUAAAUAAUGAGAACAAGAUUAGAAUGCAAAGUCUCAAUAAGUUACAUUAAGUGUAUUUAAAACUUAUAAUUGCUUUCAUAUUAUUUCGCUACAUAUAUUUCAUUACAUACUAAUUAGAUAACAGAUUUAUCUUAGUAUCAUUUUUCAUGUUUAAUUUCUUUUUUAAAAAUAUUAAAAAUUUUAAUAUUUUUCUGAAUAUGCAAAGAAGUUUUGAAUAAUUUUCUAGGUUUCAGAAGUAGUAUUAUAUAUAUAUUAUCAGAAUAUAUUAAUAUUUGUUUUCAUUGUGAUUAUAUAUUUGUACAAAUUAUUUAGUAAUAUUUAGGACUGAUUUUUAUAGAAUUUUCGUUUUAUCUUUGCAAAGAUCGCGAAUAAGAAACAUUUAUUAUUUAUAAAUUUUAUCAUGUUACAAGACAGAAUAUGCGAAAAUGUGAUACAUUUGGUUUCAUGCACAGUAAGAAAUAUAUAUGAAUUUUUAUUAUUGA